AAGGAAUAGUAUGAUUCGUAGGGACUAGUUUGCAAAAAUUGCCGCAAGCUUUCACAGGGUUGGACUAAUUUUUUGCCCUAAAAACCCUGUCUAGGUUUACAAUUCCUUCGUCUCUCUCAUUUUCACAGGCAGCGGCUACCUCUUCUUCCUUUCCUCUCCGUGGCUGUGAACAAUGGCGUACGCGAUGAAGCCCACCAAACCAGGCUUUGAGGAAUCCCAGGAACAGAUCCACAAGAUAAGGAUCACCCUUUCUUCCAAGCAUGUCAAAAACCUCGAGAAGGUUUGUGGGGACCUUGUUCGCGGUGCAAAGGACAAACGCCUCAGGGUCAAGGGACCUGUUAGGAUGCCCACUAAGGUUCUUCACAUAACUACCAGGAAAUCUCCUUGUGGUGAAGGUACCAACACAUGGGACAGAUUUGAACUUCGUGUGCACAAGAGAGUCAUUGACCUCUACAGUUCCCCAGAUGUAGUUAAGCAAAUUACCUCUAUCACGAUUGAACCUGGUGUGGAGGUUGAGGUGACCAUUGCAGAUGCUUGAUCUUGAUCCAAAUUUUAACAGUUAUGCUUCCUAGUUUUUUCUUCACUCUUUAUAUUUUGUAAGUUUUGAUUGCUGGACUGAAUUGAUUUAUUUUCUCGAGUUUUACGGUUGCAGACAGUGAUGAAUACCUGAGAAAUGUUAUCUUUAUACAUUCUAGAAUUUUGCAUAUAUUUAUUUUGAUAGC